AUGAAAAAAGAGGAAUUUCCGUAUAAGUCUUGUUAUUGCGAAGAAAAUAUUUACAAAUUUCUGGAAAUUUUGAAAAAUGAUAGUUUUUACGCGGUUUUGAUAUCGAAUAAAAAUCAACAAAUUCCACUUUGGAAACAAAAAAUCAAACAGGUUUUUUUUCGAAGAGAAAUCUAUCGAAAUUUCAUGUUUGUUUGUUUAGGGACUUUGUUGUUUGGGAUUAUCAUGUAAUUGCAAUUGGAAAUGGAAAUGUUUAUGA